ACUUCUAUUUGUUAUAUCAUGCCUGUUUGUGAGGUUGCCUAUGUGAGCUAAAGGGAUUUCUAUUAUUCCACUCCAGGAUGAAGACUCAGUCUGCAGGGAGCUGAUGUUUCUCCAGCAGUUCAGCGGCCACAAGAACGUCGCCUCUUUCUUUGGAGCCUACUACAGGGCUCCACUCACGGAGUGCUCAUCGGAGCUCUUGGAAAUUGCUCUUGAAUACUGUGGUGGCGGUUCUCUCCACAACCUCAUCAACAAGACCAAUGGCCAAUCCCUGAAGGAGACCUGGAUUGGUUAUGUCUGCAAGGAGGUUUUAAAGGGUCUGCACCACAUCCACAAGAACCGGGUCGUUCAUAAAGACAUAAAGAGCCUGAACAUCAUGCUCACAGAGACGGCCAAAGUGAAGAUCAGUGAGUAAAACUUACAGUUAUAAUGGAGUAAUGGAUGGUGGGGAGCUUCUGUGAAUUUGGAGUCAGGGGGUUUCAUAAUUCAGGUUUCUAUCUUAUUGUGGUCAAACAAAUUAUUUUCCAUUAAUAUAUUCUAUCUGUCAUUUCAGUCGACUUUGGAAACAGCUGGAACCUGGACCCGCAAACUGGAUUGUGCCACGAAGCGGAAGGGACUCCACAUUGGAUGGCACCCGAGACCAUAAGGCAGAAGGGUCAGCGCCUGGCGUACGACACCAAAGUAUGUUGUACUUAUAAUACUUGUAACAACACUGAGCAUUUACC